CUCUCGGUGCACAGAGCCGCAGAGAGAGCUAGAGAGAGCUAGAGUGAGAGAGAGGCAUUCUCAGAUUUCCCAGUUUCUCCCAGCCGGGUCCGCUGUGCCGCUUCCACUUCACGGCCGAUAGCAGCCCGAGAUCACGACGACGACGACGACGACAUGCACCCAGUGUGCUUCAAUCCCACUCUGAACCCCGCCGGCCUGUGCCGUCCCGAAUCCACACACACUCCGACAAGGUCAGGAGAUUUGAUCCUGAGGAAAUGGUGCUGCUGAGAUGACCUGCAUGACCUCUCUUUCCUCCCGAGAUCAUUCUCCAGUCAAGAGUGAAGCAAAAUUUAGUCGGUACAUGGCUGGCAGGUUCACAUGAUGGACAGGUGAUGGAGUCUUCCAUCAUCUUUCUGCACCAGUGACCCGGCCUGUCAGCCCUCCCUCUGAGGCGUACGUGUGCACCAGCAGUCCAAGGCCCCGUAUUUCUCUGCCAUGGUGACAUAAGCAGCGCUGCAAUAUGAGGGAGAGCCAACGUGAGACUGUCGCAUUUCUUUCUCCAGUAGCUGCUGCAGCUGCUACCUUGAUGCCACUUGUAUUAAGCUCUGUAAGAAGACUGACUUUGUUGUGAAUAAUCCCUGCUUGCCGCUUCACACCCCCGUACAAAAAGAGACUGCCCCCAAGUCGUGUUGCUGGGCUGGUGGGGUGGAGUGGUGUGUUGUGAGACGAUGCUGGGAUGCGUGACACGCCUCCGUCGGCUGGUCCGUCUCCUCCCCCUGCAGACCUCCCUCCUCCUCCUCUUCCUCUUUUGCACCGUCAGCGUCUUCAUCUCUGCCUACUUCCUCUAUGGCGUCAAACGGGAGCUGGAACCGUCGGGAGGGGGCGUGUCAGGAGCCGAGGGCGCGUCCGCUGACACCGAUGACCCGAAGGUUACGCCGUCCCGAUUGCUACCUCUGCGAGGUGUCUCGGGAGGCCCCGGGGUGGACCCCGGAGCGGCCAGGACAGAUCCUGUGGUUCUGGUGUUUGUGGAAAGCCAGUAUUCUCAACUGGGUCAGGAGAUUGUGGCCAUUUUGGAGUCCGGCCGGUUCAGGUACCGGACUGAGAUCUCUCCCGGCAAAGGUGACAUGCCCACAUUGACGGACAAAGAGCGCGGGCGUUUCACACUUGUGAUUUAUGAGAACAUUCUCAAGUACGUUAACUUGGAUGCUUGGAACCGAGAGCUGCUGGACAAAUACUGUGUGGAAUACGGAGUUGGCAUCAUUGGCUUCUUCAAGGCCAAUGAAAACAGUCUGCUCAGCGCACAGCUCAAAGGCUUCCCACUCUUCCUCCACUCUAAUUUGGGUCUGAAGGACUGCAUGGUCAACCCCAAGUCCCCCUUGCUCUUCAUCACUCGAUCUGGCCAGCCUCUGCCAGGUCCCCUCCCCGGGGAGGACUGGACCGUUUUCCAAUCAAACCACUCCACGUACGAACCCGUGUUGCUGGCCAAGACCCAAUCGGCUGAGAACAUUGCAUCGAUGGGACAGAACGCUGCUCUGCUCCCCUCUGUGGUGCAGGACCUGGGGCUCCAUGAUGGCAUCCAGAGGGUCCUGUUCGGCAACAACUUGGUCUUCUGGCUGCACAAGCUGGUGUUUGUGGAUGCCGUGGCCUUUCUGACAGGGAAGAGGCUGUCGCUGUCUCUGGAGCGCUACAUGCUGGUGGACAUAGACGACAUCUUUGUGGGCAAAGAGGGCACGCGCAUGAAGGUGCCGGAUGUCAAGGCUCUGCUGGAGACACAGAGGGAGCUACGCAACCAUGUGCCCAAUUUCACCUUCAAUCUCGGCUUCUCAGGGAAAUUCUUUCACGCUGGCUCUGACGAGGAAGACCUGGGAGACGACCUGCUGCUUUCCUACGUGAAGGAGUUUUGGUGGUUUCCUCACAUGUGGAGCCACAUGCAGCCACAUCUAUUCCACAACCAGUCCGUGCUGGCCGAGCAGAUGUUGCUCAACAAGAAAUUUGCCAUGGAGCAUGGGAUCCCCACGAACAUGGGCUAUGCAGUGGCGCCUCACCACUCAGGCGUCUACCCUGUCCACAUACAGCUGUACGAUGCCUGGAAGAAGGUUUGGGGCAUCAAAGUGACCAGCACAGAGGAGUACCCGCACCUCAAGCCCGCUCGCUUCCGACGAGGUUUCAUCCACAGCGGCAUUAGCGUGCUGCCCAGGCAAACAUGUGGCCUUUUCACACACACCAUUUUCUACAAAGACUACCCCGGCAGUCCGAACGAACUGGACAAACUCAUCAACGGAGGAGAACUCUUCCUCACUGUUCUGCUGAACCCUAUUAGUAUCUUCAUGACCCACCUGUCCAACUAUGGGAACGAUCGCCUCGGCUUGUACACCUUUAGAAGCCUGGUGAAGUUUGUGCAGACGUGGACCAACUUGAAGAUGCAGACCCUGCCGCCUAUUCAGCUGGCUCAGAAGUAUUUCAGCCUGUUCCCCUCAGAGAGGGACCCCCUCUGGCAGGAUCCCUGUGAGGACAAGCGGCACAAGGACAUCUGGUCCAAAGAGAAAACAUGUGACCGCUUCCCCAAACUGCUUGUCAUUGGGCCUCAAAAGACAGGGACAACAGCGCUAUACCUGUUUCUUGGCAUGCACCCAGACCUGACCAGUAACUACCCCAGCAAGGAGACAUUCGAGGAGAUCCAGUUCUUCAAUGGACACAACUACCACAGAGGCAUCGACUGGUAUAUGGAGUACUUCCCUCUGCCCUCCAACACCAGCUCAGAUUACUACUUUGAGAAGAGCGCCAACUACUUUGACUCUGAUGUGGCUGCUCAGCGAGCAGCAGCUCUUCUGCCUAAAGCCAAGAUCAUCACCAUCCUCAUCAACCCAGCAGACAGAGCUUACUCUUGGUACCAGCACCAAAGAGCCCACGAUGAUCCGGUUGCAUUGAAAUAUUCCUUCCAUGACGUCAUCACUGCAAGCCACGAUGCUCCAAUCAAACUACGGGUCCUCCAGAAUCGCUGUCUGGUCCCGGGCUGGUACGCCGUUCACCUGGAGCGCUGGCUCAACUACUAUCACUCCAGCCAGCUGUUGGUCUUAGAUGGACAGAUGUUGAAGACUGAGCCUGCCUCAAUCAUGGAUAAAAUCCAGAAAUUUUUAAGUCUUGCCAAUGUCAUCAACUACCACAAGAUCCUUGCGUUUGAUCCGAAGAAAGGUUUCUGGUGUCAGCUGCUGGAGGGAGGGAAAACCAAAUGUUUGGGAAAGAGUAAAGGCCGCAGGUACCCCGAUAUGAACACUGAGUCCCAGGGGUUCCUCAGGGAAUACUAUAGGGAUCACAAUAUUGAGCUGUCAAAGUUGCUCUACAGGAUGGGUCAGCCACUGCCCAGCUGGCUCAGAGAAGAGCUGGUCCACACCAGGUAGCAGCACCACAGGGUGGGAGACCUUAGCCCUACAACUGAACCACUUUUCAGGCCAAGUGUUCUGAGAUGUUGAAGAUUUCAAAUAUUCUUGAUAAAAACUUAACGACAUCAAGAUUUGAGGACGGGACGACGAACUAGAACUCAACACUGAACUGUGAUCUUCCUAGAUAAGAAGGCUCACGGUGCAUGGUGAGCAAGAUGAGAGUGCAGCUAGCUGCUAGCUUCCUCUCUGAGCUUUGGAGAUGCCAUUUGCUCCAAUGAUGAGCCUCCACUGUGUCCUGUGGGUGGAGGAAAGGCUCAGUGAUGCACAGGAGGGACCUUCAGUGUUUGACUGCAGUGCUUGACUUCCCUGCUCUUCUUCAUCGGACCUUCUCUGCUUUGCAUGAACUUCUUCCUGAAAAUCAAAGAAAGGAGGAAAGGAAAGUAAAAGAAAAAAAAAAAGAAAAAAAGCUCUGAAGCUUGAGCAGCUGUCACACAUUCAGGUCUGGAAAAUGGCAGACAGAGGACAAACAACAGUGUCGCCUGUAUCUCCAGAUACGAGUUGCGUUGUUUGGAGCUCAUUUAAACGGGCAACACAACACUGGACGACGGCCUGACUUUUUAGAGAGACGUUGGUUGCAGAUGCCUUUUGAUAUAUAUGUUUUUAUGAGAGGAGAACGGAACAUCUGGCGUCUUGACUUAGGCUGCAUGUUGUAGCCUUACUUGAUAGGCCUUGGUAGAAUCUAGUUAUCUCUUUUACAAGUGCCAGGACAGAGUCUUUA